AUAGGAUGGAUAUACGGAUCAGUGACGGAAGACAUACUGACCGGAUUCAAGAUGCACUGUAGAGGCUGGAAAUCGGUCUACUGCACGCCGAACCGGCCGGCUUUCAAGGGAUCGGCUCCGAUCAAUCUCUCCGACCGCCUCCACCAAGUUCUCCGGUGGGCGCUCGGCUCGGUGGAGAUCUUCCUCAGCCGGCAUUGCCCGCUGUGGUACGGCUAUGGAGGCAAUCUCAAGUGGCUGGAGAGAUUCGCAUAUACGAACACGAUCGUCUACCCUUUCACUUCCAUCCCGCUGCUCGCUUACUGCACCAUCCCCGCCGUCUGUUUGCUCACCGGAAAGUUCAUC